GCGGCGGCACCCUCCCGGGCGGUGCGGCGGGCGCUGCGGCAUCCUCCCUCGGGGGCGCCCUCGGGGCGCUGCCUGGCGCGGGCGCGGGAGCGGGCGCGCCGCCGUCGGCCGUGCCGCCAUCUGCCGUGGGCCAAGGCGCCCAGGGCACCCUGCACCGCGCCUUCAACUACGCGGACAUCGCUGCGCACCUGGUGGCGCCGCCCACGGACCGGGAGCCCCAGGCCUGCCGGGAGGCGUGCAUGGCA